AUGGUUUUGGUGGCACUAUGGAUUUUCUUUCCAAUUGCUAAAUAUGUUCCUUCUAUAAAGCAAGUAACAUUAUUGGAUUUGCCUCUCACAAGAUGGGUUGUGAUAAUUAGCAUCAUUUGUGGAUUUUACCUCAUCAGCUAUGUUGUUUAUAUGCUUACUCAUCAAGUUACUCGAAUCCUUAAUGUUAGAAGCCUAAAUGUUGCACAAGCUUUUUCAGAGAUAAUCGACGGUCUCAUAUUCUGGUGGGCAGAACAUGAGGUAAUGAAACGUGUUCCUACUUUCAAGAACCACGAAAUCCUCGGAUUACCCACUCGAAAGUGGUUGAGGGUAUCCAUUCUAGUCCUUAUUGGGUACAAUCUAAUCACCUUGUUUACCCACAUAGCCGUCAUGUCACUACGUCGUAUAUGUCAACAACAUCCUAAAAUAGCUCAUGAAAACUUUUGGCAAAAUGUCUUAGGAAGACAUUUACAUAAGAAAUUCAUAGUGUAUUUUGCAAAUGGAAUGAAGUUGAGCAUUAGCUUCAUAAUGAGCUCAUUGUUGCUUCUACUUACAUGGGUAUUAUAUUUCGGCACGCGAUUAGACAUGAAGAUAGGCAAAACCAAGAGUAUAUGGGAAUAUGGAUUAUGGACUUUACUUACUCUUUUAAUAUGUGCUUUUUUUUGGUUAAUCAAAACUUUUGUGUUACUAGCUUGGGAAGUUCAUACCGUUUAUAAUAGAUUAGAGCAUAGAAUCAUUUCCAUUAGUGAGCAAUUGUAUUUCCUUGGCAUUCUUGAUUGUGACAAACAUGAUAUAUUCAAACUAAGGAAUGAUAUAGUUGAAGAUGAUGAUAAUGAACAAGAAGCAUCAACAGUACAGAAUAGUCAAAGAGGAGGAGACAACAGUUUAACGAAAUGCUUUAGCCUAAUAGUGACUAGUUUGUUCGACUUAAUUCCAAAAGGAGCCAAGAAGAAAUUGAACCUUGAAAAAAAGGAAAGGAUAAAAAAUGAGUUGUUACUUCACAAGGAUCCAACUAUGGAUGAUUUACAACGGGCGAGUCAUUUCUUUAUAGUGGCUAAACGAAAAUUGUUGAAGGAGACGUACAUCUCUGACAUUCUUGAAAGUUUUGAUGCAACAAGUGAUAAUAGGGAAAAAUUGAAACAAAUUAUUGAUCAUCAUGAGAAAAAUCAAGGGAAUAUCUUGAUGAGACUACGUACAUUGCAUCAAAGAGAAAGAGGGUCUGAGGAAGAAGGUGUAGACAAAGAAGAUGAUCAAGAAGGUGCAGCACAUAGCUCUACCACAAAUUGCGCGAAACAAAUCAAUGAUUGGGACCAAUUUGUCAUUAAGUUACCGAAGCAAUCAGAAAAUUCUUCUAUGAUUUCCUAUGCUGAUAUUCAAACAUGGGUGGAGAGAGCACACCAUCAGUGUAUGUAUCUUGCGAAUACUCUAAGCAGUGCAGAGGAAGUAGCAGGUUGUUUAAACAAAAUAAUUAGUUGGCUUCUAAUAGCUGCAACUUUCAUAAUGUGGCUUCUUCUUACUGGAUUGGCUACUACACAAGUACUUGUCCUCAUUGCAUCACCAUUGUUAGCUGCAACUUUUAUAUUUGGAAACACUUGCAAAACUCUAUUUGAAGGCAUCCUUUUUGUUUAUGUGGUUCAUCCCCUCGAUGUUGGCGAUUUAUGUAUCAUUGACGAUAAAAUGAUGGAGGUUACAGCAAUAGGCAUUUGGACAACUACUUUCACAAAGGUGGAUAAACUUGGUACGCAAGAGGUGGUGAUAUAUCCCAAUGUAGAGUUAGCCAUCAAAGUUAUAAUCAAUUACAAAACCAAGUUUGAUUGGAGUGAUUGCGUAGAAUUCAAUUUAGGUUAUGUGAACCUCACAAACAUCAACAAUCAGGAAGAAAUAACUAAUUUUUUCAAAGAUCACUUGGAUAAGCAAAGCUUUGAGAUUUUGCCAAGUUCUAUUAACUUAGCAGUCUCAAUAAUGGGAGAUAACAUCAAGUUAGUCCUCCGUCUGAAAUACAAGGCUGAAAAUACUAAAGGUUGGACGUACUCGGAGUGCCUUCGGCGAAAGAAUAAACUCCAAGCUGAUUUUUGUCUACUUAUGCAAGAUGUUAUAAGCAAAUUCAAGAGUAAACAAAAGGGAAAAGAAGCUAGCUAA